AUGGAGGCGCCGCAAACUGAGGUGGAUGAGCGCACGCUGAAGCAGCUUCUGCGAUGCUUCCGCUGGAUCGAGUGCAGCAGAGACGGCGGCACUCGGCAAAUCCUGUUCUUGGACGGCGAUGAGCUCGCCAAGCUGCAGGAGGUCCAUUGGAUCCAUCAGCAUGCGAUCUGCAUGGUGAGGGGAUUUGAUGAAUCCCUCCAGGAGGACCCGGGCUGGGCAACGAGAGAGUCCUACCCGAGGGUCAUUGAGCUCUCCGAGAUCCACAUGCGUGGCAUAUGGGGCGUGCUUGACUACAAGCGCCACGCCGCGAUCGCGGGCGGUGGCAACAAGAUGCAAAAGCGCAUGCUGGCCAUGGUGAUUCUCCUGGCUGGGGCAGUGAAGCUCAACAAAGUCUCCGAGCUGCCCAAGUGGUGGACGAGGACGGGGUAUGUCAGCCAACUCGUGCAGCACCUCAUCAAGAAAAGCAGAGUCAGCGAUCGCCGCAGCCGCAGCCCGGUCAAGCUGGUCGCUGCACGCGCACGCAGCAAGAGCGAGGCGAAGUCCUCCUCUUCGGAACCUCAGCAGCGCAAGAAGAGGCGCAACGGCAGCACCAAGUGCAGCAGCCGCACCGCACGUGCCGACGCCGCGCAGGCGGUGGAGGAACGGAUGAAGGACAAGGCAAUGGAGAAACUCCGGCAGGAACUUGCUGAAGUGAGAGCGCUUGCGGAGGCGGAGCGCGAGGAAAAGGAAGCCGCGCUGCAAGCAGCCCAGGAAGCACAGACGGCUGAGGCGCUGGCGCUUGAUGAAAAGGCCAGCGUGGAGGAGGAGAAGGCACGCGCUGAGGAGGAGAAGGCUGCUCUGCUGAAAGAGAAGGAGGAUGCUGUGCUCGCUGCACAGGCAGCUGCUGAAUCCGAGGCAGCAGCCAGACAAGAGCUUCUGGUCCUCGCGGAGGACACCGAAAAGGUGCUGUCGGCAAUUCAAGACUUGGCCAACAACUCUGCCGACGAGGUUCGCGUCUUACGUAGUCUUGCGCAAGCACUGAUCGUACUGCACAUCCUGGUGAAGCAGCACGGCCAGAGUUGA